AUGAAGGUCUUCUUAUGGUCAAUGAUCCAAAAAGCAUUACCGCUUGGAGAACAAUUACAACAAAGAGGUAUACGAGCCGAUGCAUUUUGCUAUAAAUGCAAAGGAGUAGAGUCAGCGAUGCAUAUCUUUUUUGAAUGUCCAUUUGCAAAAGAGGUUUGGAGUUUGGUUCCAAUCACACAGGUAGUUCACCUAGCUACAUGUAUAAAUCUCAAGGACACGAUCGUAGCCUUCCGACAAGUCAUUUGCCUCCCCCCGACAGGAGUAUCAAACAACAUACUCCCCUGGAUUUGUUGGGCAAUCUGGACGGCUCGUAACAUGGCGAUCUUCGAGAACAGAACUCUCUCGCCUGAAGAAGUAGCAAGCAAAGGAAUUAGACUAGCUAGAGAGUGGUCAUAUGCGCAACCGCAGAAACAAACUACAGGGAAGAAAGUACCUAAUCCACAGCGACGCAUCCACGAUCCAGCGGAAUCAUCGAGGGUGAUGACAUGCAAAACCUGA